CAACUCAGUGCACCCCGAGAGCGCGAGCGAAGUGCAGCCAUGGCCAUCCCUGGGCAGCCGGCGGAGCCCGCGAUGCUCCCGCCAGAUAUGCCGGGACUUCCAGGAUUCAUGGCGAGCAUCGACCUCCGUUUGGCACGGCUCUCUGAGCAGAUUGCCACCUUGAUGGAACGGAAGGCCGUGCCACCGAAGGUGGAGGAUGCGUCAGCAAGAUCGCCGAGCAAGAACCGGUCAGAUGAGUUGCUCUCAGCCGUGCCCAUACCAUCUGUGCAGACGAGCCCCUCACCUUCGCGGGGCCGUAGUUCGGUGCGAAGUGCCUUCGGGGAACCCGAGCGGCGGCUGGCCUUUGAAGACGAGGAUCGGUCAGUCGAUGCAAGCGUUCGCAGCUACCAACCAGCCCGUGUGGCGCCCAAGCGCCGCCCCCAACCUUUGCGGAGCAUGGACCUGCGCACAGCGUGGCAGCUGCACACUCAGAGCCACGGCUCACCUGAGUUGUCAUCCACUAGCCCACCUGACACGGACAUGAACAUCAAGUCCGUCCUGCGUUUUGGGAGGUCUUCAGACUGGCUUUGGGAGCUUUUGGACGACCCCAACUCUUCCAAUUGCGCUGCCGUCGUCUCCACGGUACUCAAGGUCCUGGUGAUUUUGAGCAUGGUGAUGAGCCAGCUCAGAGUGGCAGAGAUUCCCAGCAUUGAGCCGUUUGCGGCAAGUCUGGUGGACCUCGCCUUCGACUCCAUCUUCGGGCUGGAAUUUCUUUGCCGCAUCCUGUCCGCUCCAUCCAAGGCCAGGUACUUAGCAGACCCACUGAACUGGGCAGACUUGCUGACGGCCUGUGCCCUGCCUUUGCACAUCGCGGAGCUGGCUGGCGCUGACAGCCAGGCACUGAACAUUGUCCUGCUCUUCUUUGUGCCCCUGGCGCGGCUUUUGAAGCUCCUCCGAUAUUUUGAAGUCUUCCGGCUGCUGAUCGUGGCGUUUCGCAGCUCCGCCUCUGCCUUGCCGGUGCUCUUUUAUUUCUUAUGUGUCAUUGUCCUUAUCUCUGCGUCUGCCAUUUACUUAGUCGAGUCUCGGAGCAACAUUCCGAGUAUGAAUCAUUCACUGUGGCUCGCAGUGGUCACCAUAACUACGGUGGGCUACGGCGACUACUUCCCCAAGUCCCUCCCGGGCUAUGUGAUUGUGUCCUUCCUGACACUGACAUCUGUCUUGUUCCUAGCCCUGCCUGUGGGGAUCAUUGGCAACGAGUUCACGGCCUGCUGGCAAAGCCGGACCCAAGUCCUCCUCACCACGAGGGCACGCAAGUGCAUGCAGAAGUGGGGCUACACAGCCUCCCAGGUGAGGAUGCUGUUUGAGUAUGUGGACUUAGACCACGACGGCACGCUGAGCAUCUCCGAAUUUAUGGAACUGAUGCGGCAGAUGCGGAUCGGCAUCGGCGGUGUCACGGCCUUUGAGCUCUUUACUCUGUUCGACGAUGACCAGAGCGGCAGCAUCGACUACGUGGAGUUUCUCCGCCACGUGUUUCCGGAACAGUACAUCCGGAGCCAGUCAAGCCCCGACUCCUUCAGGAGCUCCAAAGGAAGAGUGAGCUGCGCCUUACAGCGCCUGGAGGGGCUGAACCUGCCGUAGAAAGAGACGUUGGCCGGCCUACGGGCCCGAAACUUUUAUUUUUUUUAAAGCACAUAGACUGCACCCAUCGGGCGCAGUUUGGCAAGGCCAAGAGACUGCACCCAUCGGGUGUAGUUUGGUAAGGCCUAGUCACGUGGCCUCCGGGCUUGGCCGGGUCAACUUCAGACAUGGCAUGGUAACCCUUGGCUGCAAACUGC